AUAUCUUCAGAUAAAGUAAGGGUAUCGCGAGAAAGUAUGCACCUGCACCUUACUAAUUUUGGGAAAGAAGAAGAAGAAGAAGAAGAAGAAGAAUGUCACAGUGAUACAGAUCCGAUGGUGUUAGAAGAGAUGGAGAAUGAUGCAGAUUAAAUCUUUUUUUUUUUCGGUCUUCAAAAGAAUUUCUUUUUUAUUUUGGGGAUGUUGUGCAGCCACUGAGCUGAGCUGAGCUGGGUCGGUUAAAAUCCCUAAUCCUUGGUGAAAGAAAGUUGCUGCCGAAGUUGAUAGAAGAAGGAAGUGGGUCAGUGUUCCCCCAAUUUCACUUUCUAAUUUCGAUCUUCUUAUUAAUUAAUUGCAGUUCGCCUGUAGCAUUCUCUGGCAUUCAUUUUCUAUUUAAAACUUCACUUCCAAUACAAGCAAUAUUGAUCUAACUAUAGAAUUCAAACUGCUUCCCCAUUUAUUUGAUUGCCAUUCUCUACAUAAUAUGAUAUGAGAUGGAGUUGGAACCACUCAGCAUGACAAAUGAAGUUAUUGAGUUUGACAUGAUGGGUUUGGGAGAUGAUAAUGUGGCCAUCCACCAACACCCUGAUCAUCAACAUAUGGAAGAUGAAGACGAAGAUGAAGGAGGAGAAAAACAACAAGGCCUACUCCACAAUUCCCAUAAUUCUACUGCUUCUGAGCUUCAUAUCCCUCAAGGGGACACUAAUCUUGAGCCUUACGAAGGAAUGGAAUUUGAAUCUGAGGAGGCUGCUAAGGCCUUCUAUAAUUCUUAUGCUCGCCGUGUUGGCUUCAGCACCCGUGUCAGCAUGUCUCGUCGCUCUAGGCGCGAUGGUGCCAUUAUUCAGCGUUCUUUUGUUUGUGCCAAAGAGGGUUUUCGAGUUGACAAGGACAAGACUGCACGCCCUGAUACUCGCGUCAAACGCCCCCGUGCUGAAACUCGUGUUGGUUGUAAGGCCAUGUUGGUUGUUAAAAUUCGAGAUUCUGGCAGAUGGGUUGUUUCUACGUUUCUCAAGGAACACAAUCAUGAGCUUGUCCCUCCUGACAAGGUACAUUGUCUCCGUUCUCACCGCCAUGUCUCUGGCUCUGCCAAGUCCUUGAUUGAUACCUUGCAGGGUGCUGGGAUUGGUCCAAGUGGAAUCAUGUCUGCACUCGUCAAAGAAUAUGGUGGAAUUAGCAACGUAGGCUUCACGGAGCGUGACUGUAGGAAUUACAUGAGGAGCAGCCGCCAGAGAGCCCUUGGAGGUGACACUCAGCUCCUUUUAGACUACCUGCGCAACAAGCAGGCUGAAAAUCCUGAAUUUUUCUAUGCUGUGCAGGGUGAUGAAGAUCAGUGUAUGAGCAACAUCUUCUGGGCUGAUCCAAAGGCAAGGACUAACUACACCUACUUUGGUGACACUGUUACCUUUGACACUACUUACAGGUCAAACCGCUAUCGGUUGCCCUUUGCCCCUUUCACUGGAGUUAACCAUCAUGGGCAGCCUUUAUUGUUCGGUUGUGCCCUCCUAAUUAAUGAAUCUGAGGGUUCUUUUAUUUGGCUUUUUAAAACAUGGCUUAUGGCAAUGUCUGGGCGGCCUCCUGUUUCAAUUACUACUGAUCAUGAUAGGGUGAUUCGUCUAGCUGUUACCCAGGUUUUUCCUGAAACCCGUCACCGUUUCUGUAAAUGGCAUAUCUUUAAGGAAUGCCAGGAGAAAUUGUCCCACGUAUUUUCUGAGCAUCACAGUUUUGAAGCAGAGCUCCACAAAUGUGUCAACCUCACAGAGUCAAUUGAAGAGUUUGAAUCCUGUUGGGUGUCUUUAAUUGAUAGAUAUCAUCUCAGGGAGCAUGAGUGGCUGCAAGCAGUUUAUGCAGAUCGGCGACAGUGGGUCCCAGCAUACUUGAGGGAUGCAUUCUUUGCUGAAAUGUCUACAAUGCAACGUAGCGAUGGCAUCAAUUCUUACUUUGAUGGAUAUAUCAAUGCCUCAACAACCCUACAGUUCUUUGUGAAACAAUAUGAAAAGGCUCUAGAAAGUCGCUAUGAGAAAGAAAUCAAGGCAGAUUAUGAUACAAUAAACACUACUCCAGUUCUCAAGACCCCUUCACCAAUGGAGAGACAAGCAUCUGAAAUGUACACAAGGAAAUUGUUCAUGAAAUUUCAAGAGGAGUUGGUCGAAACUUUAACUUUCUUGGCAACCAAAGCUGAGAAUGAGGUGGCAACCGCCAUUUAUCGAGUUACCAAGUUUGAAGACAAUCGUAAAGCUUACUAUGUUAAUUUUAAUGUUCAUGAGGUGAAAGCAACUUGUAGCUGUCAGAUGUUCGAGUUCUCUGGCCUUCUUUGCAGACAUAUAUUAACGGUUUUUAGGGUGACAAAUGUUCUUACACUACCUCCUAGCUAUGUUCUGAAACGAUGGACAAGAAAUGCUAAGAGUGGUGUAAUAUUGGAGGAACACACUAAUGCUUUGCACAGUAGUUCACAAGAAUCUCUUACGCGCAGAUACAAUAGUCUUCGCCGUGAAGCCCUCAAGUAUGUUGAUGAGGGAACUAAGAGUUUUGAAAUUUACAAUGUCGCAAUGGAUGCUUUACAAGAGGCAGCAAAUAAAGUGGCUCUUGCAAAAAAGACUGGUGGGAAAGUUACAAUUGCAAAUGGAGCCAGUAUAAAAGAUCAUCCCAAUCAGGGAAGACAAGCAAAUAAUACCUAUGGAACUCAGCAAUGGAGUCUAGAACAGUCUGCUUCUAUGGUCAGUAGUUUAUCCAAUACUCCCAUCAACUGUCUAUAUUUUUGAGCUUAUGAAGGAUUAUAUUGCUCUAGAGAGCCUAAGUUAUAUGCAUUUGUUACUUUUGUUUGAAGUGAUCCUGUGAACAAACAAUUUGUUAGAACUUCAGAGUAUUAAUGUACAAGUAACAAAAGAUCAAGCUCUAGCGAUUAUAAAUUGGGUAAUUUGGUACAAGAAAUGAUACAACUGAAGAGAACAUUUUCUAGAGCAGAAUUUUUCUUUUGUUGUUCUCUCUGUAAGCUAUUUCCUGCUUUCACCAAAUGUUGUAGUUUCUUACUUACACAUGCUCUUUGAAUUCUUUUGAUUCCACAUUGCUUAUUAAUCUCCCAAAUUGCUUUGAGCAAAUGAAUAUUUGGUCAUUCAGUAGAAUUUCUUUUCAUCACUUAGUUUAGGUGAUUUAGUACCUUCUUUACGCCCCAUUUAAAAUUGUUUCAAGGACUGUUUGAAACUCAAAUUCAAUUUGUUUCAUUGAUAUGAACUGGAACUAAUUUGCAAUUUAAAGUUAAAACUAAUUGCUAAAAUCUGGUGAUAGAUUGAAAUUUAAAACACCCUAACUGCUAAAAUUAAAACUAAAAUAAGGAAAAAAAAAGGUGCUUAACUUCUAGGCUCUUUUUCACCUCUUUCAAUUGGGCCUUAGUAUUCUUUUUUUUUUUUUUCAAUAGUAAUAAAAA